AUGGCGUUAGUCCCCGUUGUUAAUCCACCUAUUGGAGUGGAGUUCGACGAGGAAGGCAAGGAUCGAGAUGAAUUUCAUAUCGAUAAGCUUGCGACAGAUUUUACAGAAACGGAGGAAUCGAUUCGUCAUAACGUGUAUCCAGAGAGUGACGACGAGUCUGAGGGUAAUGGUCGUGGUGGUGCCGCGCGUGGGGGGACACCGAUCGUUCGUGGCGAUGGUAUAAUGUAUAAAGGGCAGAGAUUCUACAAUGGAAUCGCGUUUAAGGAGUGUGUGACUGACUAUGCACUGGCAACAGGUUGUAAUCUGAAGCAAUACAGGUACGAUAGAGAUAGAAUCGGGUUUAGGUGUGUUGGUGCUAAGGGAAAAUGUCAAUGGAAAGUUUAUGCUGCGUCUCUUCAUAAUGAGUCGAUGUGGAGGAUUACGAAGUACACGAACACCCAUGUUUGUGUGCCUAAUGGAGAAUGUGAGAUGUUUAAGGUCCCAGUCAUAGCUAGGUUAUUUCUUGAUAAGAUUAGAGAAGAACCAGAUUAUUACAUGCCUUUAAAGAUGGAACAGACCAUAAUGGAGAAGUGGAAGAUAUCAGCUACGAGAGGUCAAUGUCAAGCUGCUAGGAGAAAGGCAUUGGCAUGGAUAGCGAGUGAAUAUGACACUCAAUUUGAACGUCUUCGAGACUAUGGAGCUGAGAUAUUGGAAGCAAAUCAAGGGUCUGUGGUAGAGAUUGAUACGGUGAAGAAUGACGCUGGUCAUGAUGUGUUUAAGCGAUUCUAUGUAUGCUUUGAUGUUCUUAGGAAAACAUGGAAAAAAACCUGCAGGCCACUAAUUGGGGUUGAUGGUUGCUUCUUGAAGGAAAAGAUUAAGGGUCAGUUGUUGGUGGCUUUAGGAAGAGAUGCAGACAAUGCUAUCUAUCCAAUAGCAUGGAGUGUUGUUCAGGUUGAGAACACAGAUAAUUGGAGCUGGUUUGUGAAUAGGCUGAAGAUAGACUUGGAGUUAGGUGAUGGAGAUGGUUACAUUAUGGUUUCUGAUCGCCAAAAGGGAUUGAUUAAGGCUGUUGAGUUAGAAUUACCAAAGAUUGAGCAUCGUAAAUGUGUUAGGCACAUUUAUGGUAACCUAAAGAAGACUCAUCCAAACAAGAAGCAAUUGAAGAAACUGCUUUGGGAUCUAGCUUGGAGCUACAACACUAGAGAUUACGAAGAGGGAUUGGAGAGGAUUCACGCAUAUGAUAGCAAGAUUGGCAGCUAUUGUGAGGAUGUUGAAAACAACUCAGUGGAGUCUUUCAACAAUACAAUCAACAAGGCGAGAGAGAAACCAUUUGUGGCUAUGUUGGAGACUGUUAGAAGGCUUGCCAUGGUUCGAAUUGCUAAACGGUCUGCUAUUUCUUAUUCACAUGAAGGAUUAUACACUCCUUAUGUGACCCGUUUCCUUGCUAAUGAGCAUAAGGCAGCUUCUACAUGCUUUGUAUCUCCCAGCACAAAUGGAGCAACUGCUAAGUGGAGACAGAACUACACAGACGGGCUUGUUCCACAAAGAGGUCCACGCUUUUGGCCUUCCACUGGGGGUGAAAAUGUGUAUCCACCUCCAAAGCCGGACGAUGAGAAGAUCGACAAGAAGAGGAAGAAAGGUGUUAAUGAGUCACCUACCAAGAAGCAACCAAAGCAAAAGAAAAGAAUCAUGCAUUGUGGGAUUUGUGGUGCAGCUGAUCAUAACUGGUGGAACUCAAGUGGAAUCUUCUCAAGGUUGUCUCACUCAAGAGAAGUAAUGUGGGAUGGAGGAUUAGCAUAA